AUGUCUGAGAUUAUGGGAGUGAACCUCAACGAAAACGAUAUAUCGAUCGCUCAUUGUUCACCACCAACGAAGAAAGUGAAAGACCGACUAAUUGUCAAGUUCACUCGUAGAGAGAAAAGAGCCGAAAUUUACAGCAAGAGGAAAAACUUAAAAUCUAAGCGGACGAAAGAUCUCCCGUCUAUGGUCUGCGAGCCGGAAUCUGCGGUUGUAAGUCAUACAGCACAAAUUCAUGUCAGUGAAAGCUUAACGCCAUACAGAAAAUAGCCUGCGUAGUAUGGCGGUUUUGUCGAGCCGGGCGCAGGAGCGGCGUAGCCACGAAAAAUUCGCGCGCGAAGCGCGCGAGAACGAGCGGCGAAGCCGCGAGAAAAAUAAAAACCGCCUGUUCGGAUUCGUGGCCUUUUCAACUGCCGCCCCCUUCAACUCAUUUUGACAUCCUGUUGACAACUUGUUUGGUUUCAGUUUUCCCAGCCAAUCAGAAAUAAAGUGUUGACAGCCUAAACACGACACAAAAGCUCGUGAUUUUGUGUAAAACGUGACCUUGGCCGGAAUUGGAGUUUGCUUGAACAGACACAGGUUUUUUUUUUGUGGCUAUCUCGCGCAUAGGUGACUACACUGCGCUCUAAACUUGACUGAGUAGAUCUUACUUUUGCUGCACUAAGUCUUACAUUUAUUUAUAGGUCAUGAAGUUGGCUUGUUUAAUCCGUAUUGAGUAAUUAUUUCCUGUGGUUAUUGUUAGUGUUGCUAAUUAGAAUUUGUUGAUCUCAGAUGCAGUUGUAAAGUACUAAUUUCUUUGACCACUCUUAAACCCUAAAAGCUUUUUUAUUACGGCUAAAUAAAUGUUUUAGUUUCUUUGGUCUUUUCCGACUAAAAUGCCUGGAUCUGGACAACUACAAACCAAGGAGCCUCGGUUUGUAGUUUCUUUGUCCGUGAAUGUUUUGACGCUGGGCCCGGCUUUUUAAGUGUUGUUUGCAGGAUGUUGUAUUUUUACGUAUGGCGCGAUCUUCAGAUUUGAGUUGUAGCUUAAACUUAAGCUACACCAAGCGAAAAAAGUAUGGAGAAGUAUGGAGUUCCACAGACUGCAAUAUGCGAUUCAUCGACCACAAUCGCGGACAACGUGCGUAGUAUUGCGCUGGAGUGCGUUAUUGUCUAACACCGUGUAAUAGAGAAAAUUGAGGUGAACUUUCUCGAAGCAAUGAAUUUUACUGUUUCUGUCAUAAGGUCCAUUGUUGUACAGCUCAGCGACAACAUUUCAGAUAUCUGGUCGUCGAUAGUACUUUUUAGGGAAAUUGUGAUCAUACAGGUUUUCGAUGAGGAUAUUUCUUCUUUGGCCAUAGCAAAGACAGUAAAGAUCAUGCUCUUGCCAAAUCUUGUUGACAAAAUUUCCAUGACAUCUCUCCUUUGAAGAAGACUGUAAAUGGCCAUUUCCUGUUUAGGCUUCAAUACAAUUGCCCUGUUUUCCCGUCAAAUAUUCAAGAUCGACGACGCUCCGGUCAACGCUUCUUUGAUAUUUUGAUUUUGUUUUGCGGAGAUGAUUUGUUCAGUCCCUCGAAACUCUCCCAUGGGAGAUUACCAAAAUAUUUGAUUGACAAGCGAACAUUCCGAACCAAUCGGAACGAUCCGUACGCUGGCGUACGGACCGACUCAAAAAAGCCCCCCGUCCGUGCAGGCGGUUUUUCAAGUUGCUCCCGCUCCAAUCUCCUCGCGGUUUCUCUGCCCUCGCCCGCCUUUAUUACUUAGUUCGCCCAACCAAAACCGCCAUGCUACGCAGGCUAUACAGAAAACGACUACUGGGCAGAAUCUUACAAUUCAAGCGCGACCACAACUACAAGUUUAUUUGGACGGCUAACGGUAAAAUAAUGCUGAAAGAAAACGGAGAGCUCCACUACGAAAUGUUUCGUAACCCAUGGGGAAUUCGAAGAGUUUCUUGACGAGCUCAAUUAAUUAGCUAUCAGUUUAAUGACUUCUAUAAACUUAUAUUAUUACGGAGGCAAAAAUGGCUGAUUACCAGGAAAACGUAAGUAGUUGUUGACCAUUUUAUGAUUUAACUGAUAGAGAAUUUCAUGCUAUGGUUGGCAGCUGGCCGGAUAGGCGUCAUGAUCUUGACCUUUACGAUCUCCUCCCAAAUCCAAAUAAAUUCGACGAGUGCGACCCAGAUUUAAUGUAAAUUACACCCUGCUCAGAAUAUUAUUCAGUCCGUAGCUUUAAUAAAAUGCUUGUAAAUUCAGACGCAAAGUCUUUUUCAAUUCUUCACUGUAAUACUAGAAGUUUAUCUAAAUCUAUUAGAAGAACUAUUAUGCUCCCUUGACUCCAAGCUGGAUAUACUUGGAAUUACAGAAGUUAAAUUAAGUGAGAAGUCUAUUUCUAAUGUAAAUUUCAAAGGCUAUAAUUUUUUUCCCACGGACUCGCCAACAAACGCAGGUGGAGCUGCUUUAUAUAUAGCUAAUAAUCUUAAAGCUGUACCUAGGCCUGACAUUAAAUUUGACGUAGCGCUAGUUGAAUCCUGCUGGGCAGAAAUUGAUGCUGGUUAAGGUAAAAAGAAGAUCAUAAUAUAGGUUGUAGCUACAAGCAUCCCACUUGUAAUUUAGAACAGUUUCGCAACCAACUAAAUGAUAUAAUCAAAACAAUUAAUCCCAACAGACACGAAAUUUACAUCUUUGGAGAUAUGAAUAUAAAUUUCCUGAAAUUCAAUGAACAUACUCAAACUGAAGAGUUUUUAGAUAUGCUUUAAGCCAAUAACAUCUGGCCGAUCAUUACUAAACCUACGAGGCCUACUGAUCACACAGCAACACUCAUUGACCAUAUAUAUACAAAUUGUUUCCAAAAUUUCACAGCAGGAAUCCUGAGAGUUGAUGUAACAGAUCAUCUUCCGAUUUUCUGCUCAGUCAGAACCCAGCCUACACGGAAUAAUAGUAACAAAAAAUAUUUUCGAGACUACUCUAAAUUUAAUAAAGAUCUAUACUUAGAUGAUAUAAAACUGAUUGAUUGGCACGAAAUCCUCAACCCAGAAAAGAAUCUAAAUGAAAAGGUACAGGAGGCAAUCAAUACCCUGAAUAAAAUUGUAGACAAACAUGCGCCUAUCAAGCUGGCCAGCCAAAGCAAGUACAGGCAACUUAAUUUUUAA